AACAGUCGAACAGACCGCUACCCUCUCUCAUCCAUCUCUUAUCCUCUUCAACAUGUCAAAAAACGACUCCGUCUCCGAAACCGUCACCCAAACCACUCGAUUCCUCUUAACCUCAUCCAACUACACGAUAUGGGUUCUCCCCAUGUCCGCUAAACUUGAAGACAUCGGCAUUCGAACAUAUGUCACCGGCGUACUCAAGACCGAUGAAAAGACCUCAGCUGAUGAGUUGGCUCAAAUUGAAAAACUCAACGUCAAAGCUUAUUCGAUGAUCAUUCAAAACCUCGACUCUGAAAAUCUAGCCCUCGUCAGUACCACCUUGCCACCUAGCAAUCACUUUGACGGCAAAGCUCUCUGGUCCUUGUUAAGAAGAAAGUACGCGGGGUCGGAUCUUGCAGCUCGAUCAGUCGCUCUCGAUGUAUUUCUCGACCUUGAAUAUGAAGAUGUCUCAACAUUCUGCAACUCGAUAAGAUUAGCCAACCAAAAACUUUUACUCGCUGGCAUCAUGCUAGAUGACCAAGUAAAAAUGAUGAUCAUGCUGCGUAAACUCCCUCGAGAAGACUUCCGUUCAUUUCGCGAUAUUGUUGCCAUGGGCUUUUCGACCGAAUCAUUUGAAGCUAUCGUCAAACGACUCGAAUCCUACUCAGUCACCAACAAAAUCUCAAAAGAUAACAAGAAAUCUUCAAUCGAACCUCGGAUGACUCUACACACUCUCGCUCAGCCUUCCUCUCAACCAUCGGACCCUACUCCGUCCGUCUCACCCGUCUGCGUUCACUGCAAGAAGACCGGUCAUCGACCGACCAACUGUUGGGUUAAGUACCCCGAAAAGGCUCCGAAGUCCCCUCACAGCUCUCACUACACCCACUACAUCCAUGCAUCUGGUGAACUCCGUCCCAUCGACGAGCACUGUCCUCAAGAAGUCCGAUUCUGA